UUAUUUUUAGAACACUGUCAAUCUGGCAACAUCUUACGAUCUUUUCCGGCUCUCUGUGUCACUGAAAGCCUCAGCAUGAAGCAAAUCGUUGCUAAUCAAAAAGUGAAAAUCCCUGAGGGGUUGACUGUUCAUGUGAAAUCAAGACUAGUGACAGUGAAAGGCCCCCGAGGAGUGCUGAAAAGAAACUUUAAACAUUUAGCUGUGGACAUUCGCAUGGUAAACUCUCGGUUAUUGAAAGUGGAAAAAUGGUUCGGAUCCAAGAAGGAACUUGCUGCAGUAAGAACAGUAUGUUCCCACGUUGAGAACAUGAUUAAAGGUGUCACUAAGGGAUUCCAGUACAAAAUGCGUGCUGUAUAUGCCCAUUUCCCCAUUAACUGUGUCACCACUGAAAAUAAUUCAGUUAUCGAAAUCCGUAACUUCCUUGGAGAGAAGUACAUCAGGAGGGUAAAGAUGGCUCCAGGUGUUACUGUUGUCAACUCCCCGAAACAGAAAGAUGAACUUAUCAUUGAAGGUAACUCACUCGAAGAUGUUUCUAGCUCAGCAGCACUCAUUCAACAAUCCACAACUGUCAAAAAUAAGGACAUCAGAAAGUUCUUGGACGGUCUAUACGUGUCCGAGAAGACUACUGUUGUAAUGGAUGAGAUAUAAGAUCAUUAAAGUUUUAAGCUGAACAAA